GAAACACAAUUAAAUAUGGAGAAUUAGAUAAUCGAUGAUACAGAGAGAGAUUAAAUUAUUAAAUAAUUGAAACUUGUUUAAGGAAACGAUAAAUGCAUUGAUUGUGGAAAAAAAAAUACCAAAUGGGCAUCUGUCACUUUGGGUUUAUUUUUAUGUAUUGAUUGUUCUGGUAAACAUCGAGAAUACGGUGUUCGUUACACAUUUGCAAGAUCUCUUACUUUGGAUUCUUGGUCUAGAAAAUAAAUUACAUUCCUAUAAGUAGGAGGCAAUGAGAAAGCCUUGGAAUAUUUUUAAAGUGUUGGCUUGAUUGGUCCUGGAUGCAGUCAAAUUGAUUACAAAAGUCCUUUGGUUGAAAAAUACAAAUAGGAACUUCUUAAAUAAUUGAACAUCAUUCGUCCAUCGCUUAUCCCAAGUCCUGUAAAAAUUGCUCAAACCUCAGAAAAGCCAACUUAAAACAAAGAAGAAGAAUCCCCAGUUAAGGAAUAACCUAAAUAAGUGUUUUAAAACAAUCUGCUAUAAGAAGAAGCAGCUGUUACAAAGAAAAGCAAUAAAAUCGUGUUUGCAGAUAAUGCUAAACCCUAAGCUGCAACUAGCAAAGCAGUUUAAGGUAAGAAAUUAGCUGACGUGGACUUUGAUUCAUUAUAAUUUGAUGAUCCAUUUUCAAACCCAUUCAGUAAUGACCCAUUCAAGUCUGACUCCAGUAAACCAGAGUUGCCUUAACAAGAAGAGCCAAAAGUGAUCAUUAAACAAACUCAAUAACUCACUUAGCCAAUUCCACAAACCAAUGAGACUUUAGAAAAAUUGAAAGACAAGAAUGUUAAAUCAAUUUCAUCCGAGACUUUAUUCUAAGCUUAAGAUAGUGAAUAAAAUAAACAGAAUAUUUAUAAAUUUAAUGGAUAAACUGCUAUUUCUAGUAAAUAAUUUUUUGGAGAAAAAGAGGAGGAUUCUGAAGACUCAUCAUAAAAAAUGGAUUAAUUUAAGAAUAUGUUUAAUUUUGCAACUGAAAAAACUUUGGAAACAUUUGGCACUGUUAAAGAAAGAGCAGGAGGUAUUUGGGAAAAUUUAAAAACAAGAUUCAAUAAAUGAUGAUAUCACAUCAAUCAAUAUUCAUAUCUUAAUAUAUUAAUAAUCAUUCAUAAUUGAAUGAGAAGUUUAA